AUGGUUUCGUUUGACGCCUGCGUUUGGCCCAGCAAUUCCGCUUUGGUGACGCAGGGCUUGCAGACUGCGAUUUCGCUGUUGUCCAUGAGCCAACGAAAUGGCAUGCAUCUCCAGAUGCCAUUGUCCCAGGCCCAAACAAAAAUUGAGCCUGUUCUCAAGCACAGAAGGUUGCUGGAAGAUACGCUAGUGGCAGGUGGCAUGGACAUUUCCUGCUAUGUCACCUUGAGCUUCGACAAAACGCAGUGCCACGCUGGCGACAAGCGUAAAGGCUCCCACCCCUGCUUGUUCGUGUCAGCCAGCAGCGAGAACAACGAGUGGUCUGAAAGCGCAGCUGCUCAAACCGGCUCCAUUGGACCAGUCCCACUCAUUCGGAUGAACGAAAUGAUCGGAUAUGACCCGGACUUGAAAUGGGGACCUGCGUUGCGAAUUGGGAUCAAGGUUCACACAGAGAUCGUGAAUCAGUACUUGAAGGGCAUGGAUUUCAACGAUGAAGAUGUAGUAGUGUGGGCCGACAUCAUGCCAAACAGGCAUGCGGAGUUUGCCCGUGCGAUCCUUGGCAGGCAGCUGGAAGGCAACAGUCGCCGACCUCCUAUCCAUUACGUUGGAUGCCUCCGUGAGCCUGAUCAAGCAGAUGUCGCCACGGCUUUGGAAGCCAUGGUUUACGAGCACUGGAACAACUCCCCGACUUCACCUCCCAAAUCCCGGCCAUCCGAACCUGUCCCAGAGCCAUCGCUGUCAAUCCUCGCUUGGUCAGAUCAGAGUCCAUUGUUUCCAGAGUCCUUGUUGCAGAAAUUUGGGCCGGGCAAUCCAGCACACCAGGAAAUCCUGGCCAUGCAGGCUUCGUUGACCGCCGAGUUCCCGAACGCAACAGUGGCACGAAAACAAUCGCAGGGUUCCAACACGGUCUCAGUUCGCGGGGCCAGGGGUGCGAGUGGCAGGCCUGAUUACACGGUUGAUGGUGGAGCCAAGCCGCUCAACUUCGAGAGGACGAUAGAGAUGACGGAUCACAUCCCUGUCGAUUCCUUUACAGUUGAGAGGAAAGCUUAUGCUCCGGGUGGCCGUGGAAAACCUGCCGUGAUUGUUGGGGAAGACUUUUCCUUCUGGCUUGGGAACGAGACGAGUGAGGAGCUCUCGCUUGUGGCGUGUGAGAUUUGCGGAUUCAACGUUGGUCAAUUCGAGGAACGGCCAGUCGUGGGAUUGGGGGAAGCAGAGAAGAACGGCAUCCCGUUCAGGUUUGCUUCGGACCUUGCUUUGGUUUCGCACGAGAAGAAACUCAUGAGCAUUGCAGAGUAUGCCCGCGUGUGCAGCACAGUGCACGGAGCUGGUGAUGAUGGGGAAGCCUUGCCAGUGCCCUACAGGCAGCACAAGCUUUCGACCAUUGGAGCAGCCUUUGUGGGUCACAUGCCGAAAGUGCCAAAGAACAAUGUCGCGAGCAUCAUUUGGGAGGUCCAGGACCUGAAGAAGCUUCAGGCGGAUCAUCAGCAAAUUCUGUGCCUGCACCUGCGGGCCCUGUUGAGCCUUCGCGUGGUCGUGAAUCUUCAGAAGCUCACCCACAAGGUGGGGGGACUUGACCUCGACCCAGAGCGUGUGAAAGAGAUUGCAGUAGCCACUACUGAGGUUCCGAAUGAGGCGGUAGCCGAUGGUGAGACUGCUGAGCCUGUUGAAUGCGAGGUGCCGCCAGUCCCCGGUCUCACUGAUGUGGAAGACCCUGAAGAGGAAGAGCCUCGCGCAGAAGACCACGCCGUAGAGGAUGAAGAAGAUGCGCUGAUCGCCUGCCUAUAUCAGGCCUUCACACAGGAUUUUGCCGAACAGCUGCCGGACCAUGGCUCCCGUCGUGCCUACCACAUCUCAGCAGGUCCAGGUCGUGGAAAAUCUUCGCUAGCGAUUCGGGUGCUGCGGCAAUUUGUUUUGCUUUUAUUUGCACUUGGCCUUCUGUCCAUCGUUGUGCGCAUGUACAUGACUACCCUCUUGUUAUUCACGGUCUUGAUUGCUUGCGGUCAUACGGUACAUCCAUCCGUCCGCAAAGGAGUUCCUGGCACGGCGCAUGCCGAUACCUCCUCGCAACACCUACCAAAAGUACUGCGAGAUGAGUUAGCCGCAAAGAUCGGCCAAGCAGGUCUUCGAAUAGGUCAGGACAAAGACCACUAUGACCUCCUCUAUGCGCAAACGAUCGAGAUGCUGGAGCAGCAGCACCCAGACCUUCUGCGUAACAUCGAAGACCUGGAAGCCACGCUGGAGACAAGGAAAAACAUUGAGAAGGUGGCUAAAGCUCGAGAGAUUUUCAUUCAAUGUGACAGUGCAAAGCGCAUCAAACGAGCCGCAUUGCACCAGAGUCGUAGAAAUCAGCACUUUGAAGUGGGAACCCUCGUCUUCUACUACCGAAAAGGUAGAGGAAAGGGGGAACGGCCUCGAGGACAAUGGUAUGGACCCGGACGCGUUGUGUGUAUUGAGAAAACGACGGAGAGCGAAAGGGGUCGAGAAGGUUCAAUUGUUUGGAUCACGCAUGGAACUAGGCUGCUUAGAUGUGCACCUGAACAACUUCAAAGAGUAUCUAGAGAUUUGAAUGCGAUUGAUUUUGAGUUGAGAGAAAGCAACCAGCUUGAAGACUUGAUCAAAACGAAGAAACAAUACUUUGAUUUGAGAAACGAAGCUCCGGAUCUUGAAGUUGAAGUGCAUGAACGUGACGACCUUGCUUGGCGCGUAGAUCCUCAUCACCUUGAGUUUGAACAUGAUACUUCUCGUGGCCCGGAUCAAGCCUUGAAGAGACAGAAGCUCCUUGGGAAACAAUCGGUUGACCCUCGUGUGCUCGAUAGCAUUCAUGUCGAACCGGUCCGUGAAUCUCGACCUGAUGAAGAACUCCAGGACCUGAGCCUUACCAUCGGCAAGCACAAAGGGGAGAAGUUCCUCGACGUGUGGGAGAAAGACUACUCCUACGUGAAGUGGACGGUGGCCCAUGUGAACCCCACAGAGGGAUGGAAUCAUUGGCUCCAUUUCGUCGACCUGAUGGCCGAGAAGAUGAUGAAAGAGCAAGGAUCAGGGAGUCGAAAGACAACCAAAGCCGGAAAAGAGACGAAGACCGAAGGCUACAAGACCCCGAAGCCAAAAGAUUUCGCAAAAGCCAAAGCUCAGGCAUCCUCGAGCCUGAGUCGAACCCCUCCACCAAGUCACUUGGAAGAAAUCUUGUUUAACGCUCAGGAAACUAAGUGUAAUGGUGUGGAAAUCAUUUUGAAUUUGAGUGCUCGAGAUGUUCACCUCGAUCAUCGUGGCAAGGGUUGCUGGGUUGUGAACGCUAAAGCUAAGAGAGGAGCCGAAAUCCAGUUUAAACAAUUGUCUGAAAAGGAGAAACAGGAAUUCCUUCAGGCCAAAAAGAAGGAAGUUGAUAGCUAUAUUGAAAACAUGGCUGUUUCAAUUGCUCACUCUCAAGGGGGUGAUCCCCGUCGGAUUCUUGGAAUGCGAUGGGUUUUGGUUUGGAAAAACAUCACAGACGAAGACGGUGUGGUGACAGGUCAGAAGGCCAAGGCACGCUUGAUUGUCAAGGGUUUUGAAGACCCUGAUUUGCUCAAAGGAGCCAAGCGUGAUCCAACCGGACGUGUGCUGGCUGGACCGACUGUUGUCCCUCUCAAUGCCCCAGAGGAAUACGAUCAGAUGGAAGAAGAACGAGAGCAGAGGGAUGACGAACGUCAAGAACAACAUCUGAGAGCCGCCGCUUUUCUCCAUUCGGGUGCUGCAUCAAACUACACCCCUUCUGUGCCAGAACAUCUAAUUGAUGAAGGAUCUGGCAAACGUCCGGACCCCACUGGGGAAGAGCCAGGAGAAGAGGAAAAGGAUUCGGAUGUGGUGAUCGAGCGAGGAUUCCAGGCCUCGUGA